CAUUGAGAAAGAGGUUGAGAUGCAGCCCCGCACAACUCGACAAUGAUGUCACCAUUGAUAUCUCUGAUGCCGAAGAUGAUGCCACUAUAUCAGAUAAGCAUGAAUCGGGGUUGUCUCGGGCAUCACAAUCUUCACGACUUGACAGCAUUAAAGGAAAGUGCAUUGUCAACCCUCAACUUAGAACCAAGGCUAAGUCUACAGCUUUCCUUGCCAGCAAUUACUGCAGGACAUUGCCGACUAAGGUUGAAUCCUCAUUGACUCGAGGAAAAUUGCUCACCUCCCCUUCUCCUAAUAUGCGAGUUGCUAAGAUGACAAAGACAGGGGAUGCCACAUUAUUUUCUGUUCCACGUCGACUUCCUGCUCAAUCUGCUGGUGUGCCUUGCCUCCAAGGUGAGAGGUCACUGCCACAAGGCUCUAACUCUAACCAAAUGGAGAAAUCACGUUACUAUAAUGCAAUGAUUAAGGCUUUUAGGUGCAAAUUCAGACCAUGUGCUAAAAUGCAGUUAAAGUCUGUUCAACUUGAAGGAUUAGCAUAUGCAUUUUGUGCAAGCAUUGAAGAUCCAAGUGAGACCAUGAUUAAUGUGGAUGACACGAUAGUAACUAGGGAAGAACUUGCUUGUCUAGCUCCCGGAAGACCAAUCUCGGACAAGAUUAUCAAGCUUGUGGUAAUGAAGGCCACAUGGGACCAAGCAAAUAAGACUUUUUGGAUGCUUCCGCCAUCUUUUGCGGUGGAACAUUUUAUGGGACAUUCACUGGAUAAAAUGAAUGCUACCUAUAUAUAUCGCUUUAUGCCUGUCGCACCGGAUCUUAAAUUUAUUUAUGUGCCAAUUAAGGAAGAAGGUGACCACUGGUAUCUUAUGGUCAUUAGCUUAUUGGAUGGAAAAUUAUAUCAGUUUGAUUCUAAUCUAAAUGAUGAUCAAGUUGAGCCAAGACAAGAAAUUAUGAAAUCCUUGGCUUUAAAAUUAUCAGAUAUGGUAACUUCUGGUCAUUACCUAAAAGGUGACAUUCCUGAAAGAAAAGAUUUCAUGAACUUUGAUGUGAAAGAGGUUAGGGGGGUGCCCAAAUGUCCUCAAAGUCGCGACUCUGGUCUCUGGGUUCUUCAAUGGUUAUCUUCUCAGAUUUUGGCUCCCUUUUUCUGUUUUCCAUAUUAUAAUAUUUCUCUGGUCUAA